ACUAAAGUGUUGUUGUGUGGGUACGCCUCGGUAGUUUGUCAGAUGAUAAUUUGCACAACCAAAGUAAUAAAUGAGCAAUGUUUAAUUAAUUUUGGGCGUAAAUUUUGCAACGUGUUUGUUAUAAAUCAAUUAGCCCAUCAGUCCAAGUGCUUUGCUUAAGUUCCAGAUAUCUAGAAUAAAAGUGUAUAUGUAUAUUUUUGAGCGAAUAUGAAGUGUAUUUUGGCUUUAUCAAAAAAAAAUUACAGUGGCCAAUUAAUUAUUGAAAAUCUAGUAAACAUAUUAGUAUGAAACCUAAAACAAAUGCAAAGUACGGUUUUAAUUAAAUUACAAAUUUGUGUAGCUUAUUAGUUAGUAAAAGUUAUCGCUUUGGUUGUCUGGAGAGUGUAUACGAAGAACUUAAAUAAUCUAUAAUUGACUGGUGUUUGCAUUGUGUUGUAAAAAAUAUUAUAGAUUAAUUUUAUUUUUAAUAUGGCUGAAGCGGCAGCAAAUGAGCAAAUUCAUGGUUAUCAUGAUAACGACUCGAGUGAUACAUGCCAUUUACGUAUUAUAAUCAUUAAUGGAAAAUCCCUAGCAAAAAAGGAUAUAUUUGGGGCGAGUGACCCAUACGUAAGGAUUGAUUUAAAUACAAUUAAUGGUGAUAUAAAUAUAGAUUCCGUUUUAACUAAGACCAAAAAGAAGACACUCAAUCCUACUUGGAAUGAAGAAUUCGUAUUCAGGGUCAAACCUUCCGAGCACAAAUUAGUGUUUCAAGUAUUCGACGAAAAUCGUUUAACCCGAGAUGAUUUUCUGGGCAUGGUUGAACUAACGCUCAACAACUUACCUACAGAGCAAGAAGAUGCCACUAUAAGCCCACAAAGCUAUUCACUAAGACCGAGAAGGUCAGUAGGUAGCGCAAAGUCACGGAUAAAAGGCACACUAGAGAUAUAUCAUGCAUUUAUACAUGAAUCGGGGGAGACCAGUGAAAGUGACACCGUUGACGGUGAGUGGGAACAUAUGGAAAAUGUCUCACGGAUGAGCGGAACACAAACGGGCCAAUUCCCGUCCAGUGUUAACCAUGAACCAUUACCAUCGGGUUGGGAAGAAAGGCAAGACGCAAAUGGAAGAACUUAUUACGUUAAUCAUACUGCACGUACGACCCAAUGGGAACGCCCAUUAGUCUCAGCAACUAACAACAGCAAUGUGAACGUUGAAGCAGCAGCUUCUGACUUUCAACGACGUUUCCAUAUUAGUGUGGAUGAAUCUGACUCUGGCCGACCUCCAGUAAGUGCUGAUAAAUUAAUAUUAAUGUAUUGUGUUAGUUAUCUGAAUUUCGCUUCCUUUAUGCAGGUCACCCCUAGAUCGGAUGAAGACGCAUUGCCACCAAAUUGGUCCAUGCAGGUGGCACCGAAUGGUAGAACUUUCUUUAUAGAUCAUGCGGCGCGGCGUACAACCUGGAUAGAUCCAAGAAAUGGUCGUGCCAGCCCAAUGCCCAAUCAAAUACGAAGAGUUGAGGACGAUUUGGGUCCUUUGCCCGAAGGUUGGGAAGAACGAGUUCAUACAGAUGGACGAGUAUUUUACAUCGAUCAUAAUACUCGCACCACCCAGUGGGAAGAUCCUCGAUUAUCUAAUCCAAAUAUUGCUGGCCAAGCUGUACCAUAUUCCAGAGAUUACAAGCAAAAAUAUGAGUAUUUCAAAAGUCAUAUUCGAAAACCUACAAAUGUUCCGAAUAAAUUCGAAAUUCGUAUUCGCCGCUCCUCAAUUUUAGAGGAUUCAUAUAGAAUUAUAAACUCGGUGACCAAAACAGAUUUAUUGAAAACUAAACUGUGGGUGGAGUUCGAGGGUGAAACUGGGUUGGAUUAUGGAGGUCUUGCAAGAGAGUGGUUCUAUUUAUUAUCAAAGGAAAUGUUCAACCCAUAUUACGGACUCUUUGAAUAUUCAGCUAUGGAUAAUUAUACCCUACAAAUUAAUAAUGGCAGUGGUUUGUGCAAUGAGGAGCAUUUAAGUUAUUUCAAGUUCAUUGGUCGUAUUGCCGGUAUGGCUGUUUACCAUGGAAAACUUUUAGAUGCAUUUUUCAUACGUCCAUUUUAUAAAAUGAUGUUACAAAAGCCAAUUGAUUUAAAAGAUAUGGAAUCAGUUGAUACCGAGUAUUAUAAUUCUUUGAUGUGGAUAAAGGAGAACGACCCACGGCAGUUGGAAUUGACAUUUUCUUUAGACGAAGACACGUUUGGUCAAAAGAGCCAACACGAGCUAAAGCCCGGAGGCUCUAAUAUCGAGGUUACAGACGAGAAUAAGGACGAAUAUAUCAAGCUUGUUAUUGAAUGGCGUUUCGUUGCACGUGUUAAAGAACAGAUGUCAUCUUUUCUGGAUGGGUUUGGCUCAAUAAUUCCAUUAAAUUUAAUUAAGAUAUUUGACGAGCACGAGUUGGAACUAUUAAUGUGUGGCAUACAAAACAUUGAUGUGAAAGAUUGGCGAGAAAAUACACUCUAUAAGGGAGAUUAUCACCAGAACCAUAUAAUUAUACAAUGGUUUUGGCGUGCUGUGCUCUCAUUUUCAAAUGAGAUGCGUUCGCGUUUAUUACAAUUUGUUACUGGUACUUCACGCGUUCCCAUGAAUGGCUUUAAAGAGUUGUACGGUUCGAAUGGCCCACAAAUGUUCACCAUUGAAAAGUGGGGCACUCCUAAUAACUAUCCUCGAGCACAUACCUGUUUCAAUCGUUUGGAUUUACCUCCUUAUGAAGGCUAUGUCCAAUUAAAAGAUAAACUAGUAAAAGCUAUUGAGGGCAGUCAAGGCUUUGCUGGAGUCGAUUAAUAUCUCUGGUAGUUGUAAAUUUCCCAAUAGCAACGAAAAAUCCGCCAUAUAAGAUAAAGCGCGGUGUCGAGGCCUUUUACGCUGACUUGUGUACUUAUUUUUCUGUUUAUUACUAUAUAAUAAUUUUACGAACUUCCUGUUAUAAAAAUAUAAAUACCAAAUUAUAUCAUACAAUUUUUGUUUCAAAUACAGAAUCACUAAGCUGGUGAAUAUGAA